AUGGCUUUCAAGACGUACGCCGUCCUGGGUUCGACCGGAAAUUGCGGCAGGGCACUCAUCCAGAACCUCCUCCACAAGCAAGGUGUUAACAUCCACGCAUACUGCCGCGACCAAUCCAAGCUUCUUCGGCUUCUGCCUGACGUCAAACCAGGAGGACGUGUCAAGAUCUUUACAGGAAGCAUCGAUGAUGUCGAGCUCCUGACCUCAUGCUUGCGCGACUGCCAGGCUGUGUUUCUGGUUGUUUCGACAAACGAUAACAUCCCUGGCUGUCGCGUCGCGCAAGACACAGCUACAGCCGUCGUUGCAUCACUCCAGAAUCUCAAGCAGAGCUUGGGGGAAAGCGAGGGAAAAGACAGUCCACAACUGCCCAAAUUGAUCCUCCUGUCGUCGGCUACCAUCGAUGACCACUUCUCUCGUCACGUCCCAUCCUUGCUCCGAACGAUCCUGCUCCGCUCGGCAUCGCAUGUCUACAAUGACUUGAUCGAAACCGAGAAGCUUCUUCGCUCCCAGGAGGACUGGCUGACGACGAUCUUCAUCAAGCCAGGCGCUCUGUCAGUCGACAUCCAGCGAGGCCAUGCGCUGAGCCUCACUGACGAGGACAGCCCCCUGUCGUACCUAGAUCUUGCCGCUGCAAUGAUUGAAGCAGCAGAUGAUGAAACUGGCAGUUAUGAAAUGAGGGAUGUGAGCGUAGUGAAUGUGAAUGGAAAGGCUAAAUUCCCGUCAGGCACUCCGAUGUGCAUCUUCAUGGGUCUGCUACGGCACUUCUUCCCAUUCCUACACCCGUAUCUCCCUUUGAACACAGGUCCGGGUUGA